GACCCGCCUCCAGCGCCCCUGAGGACGCUGUGCCUCUUGGGAAAUGAAGUCUUUUAUUUAUUUUUUUAUUUUUCAAAGAGCUUACCGCUCACCUGAAUACAGGCCCUCUAAUCUGGAGAAUCCAGGUGUUUGGAAACCAAGAACCUGUAUGUGGAGCCGGAGUUUCAGGGUGGGACCCUCGUGAUGUGGAGCGAGGCAUCGGGGAUCUCAGUGGACCGCACACUGCAAAUCUCGCAGUCCUGGGGCUCAGCGUCCACAGCCACUACCUACCUAGGGUGGGCCUGAUUUGGAGCAGAGAGGAUGUGGGGGCUCCUCGCGUCCCGGCUGCGGGAGGUGGGGACAUACUGAAGGAAGAGUGUUGAUGAGGGUGUCUAGGGUUCAGAGGUCAGAGAUCAGGCUUGCGAGGAGUUGGGGAGGGGGCGUCGAAAGUCGAAGAGGUCAACGACGGACAACUGAGGGGAGGUAUUUACGGGUGAGGGGCUUGCGGGAGGGGACAUGUAGCCAGCUUGGCAGCCGUCUUAGGGUACGGACUGUGCCCCCAAGCUCGGUACGCAGCAGCGAGAAGAGGGGGACUGAUGUAGUCUCUCGAGAGCGGGGAGACUGAAGAGAGACGUGAAAAGGAUUCCCGAACAUCUGUCUGUUCCUUGGGCUCGGCCCUCGCUGUUGGUCACUUAGCCGGGCUUUCCACAGUUGUGACCCUGGUCGUGGCAUCCUAGGCGAUGGCUUCUCCCUCUAGACAGCCUCCACUCGGCGGGUCAGGGCUGCUGCAUGGGAGCCGUACUCGUUCUUAUGGGAGCCUGGUACAGUCAUCCUGCUCCCCAGUGAGGGAAAGACGCCUGGAGCACCAGUUGGAGCCUGGAGACACCCUGGCUGGACUAGCACUCAGAUACGGGGUGACGAUGGAACAGAUUAAGCGUACAAACCGCCUUUAUACUAACGACUCCAUCUUCCUGAAGAAAACUCUGUACAUCCCCAUCCUGACAGAGCCCAGAGACCUAUUUAAUGGUUUGGAUUCUGAGGAGGAAAAUGACGGAGAGGAAGAGGGACAACCAAGAAAGGAUGGAGUUGGCUCACAUUCAGUGAGGAGGAAUCAAGAGUCAGGUUCAGGCAAUGGCGAAACCCUCCCACCUCACCAGGAAACCUCUACACCCGUCCAUGACCUUUCCGCCUCUGAUUUCCUUAAGAAGCUGGACUCGCAGAUCAGCCUGUCAAAGAAGGCUGCUGCCCAGAAGCUGAAGAAGGGGGGAAGUGGGGUACCUGAGGAGGGUGUGGGUCUCCACCUCAGCUCCCCUAGGAUGCAGCAGCGAGCAGUCCUUGGUCCUGUGCCACUGACCCGGACCUCUCGGACCCAGACAUUGCGGGAUCAGGAAGAUGAAAUCUUCAAACUCUGACGUCUCCAGAGCUGACGAGAGAACAUGGUGUUGAAGGAAGCUGAGUGGGAGAGGAGUCUGAGGAGAGGAGUCUGAGGAGAGGCUCAAAAGCAGAGCUUCCCUCCCAGCCUGCCUCACUCCUCUCCGGCCAGCUUGCCCAGCCUCUUUGUCAAGAUUUCCUCAGCUGAGGACACUUUUGGCGAGAGUAGGGGAUGGGAACGGAACUUUCCCAGUUCUUGGGCUGAAUCUAGAGCUCUCCUUCCGAUUCGAAGCUCUUUUCUGCCCUGGCUGUCCCUGUCACCGUUUCCUGGGUUAGGGCAGGGAAGCAGAGAACUCCCACCCCCAUCUCUAGUGAUGCUCCCUAAUUUAUUUGGUGCUAUAUUGAAGUAAUAUUUAUUUGCUAUAUCUAACUCCUUCCUCCUCUGAACUGGAAAAAUGUGAUUUCUGUAUCACUGAAGAGAGGGAAGCCCAGAGCAGUGUAGUGAGGCUGGCUGCUCACCUUCCCCACUUCCUUAGCCGAGCAUGUUUCUGAGGCCGGGAGAGGCAGUGGAAGUCGCCACAGAGAGAGGUGGGCUGCGAGAGGCCUUUCCCCACUCAAGGUAAAGGAAAGGGUCCUACCUGCCCAAUUCCUCGGAACCCUGUCCAGCUCUUGGCUCUGAGAAGAGCAGUGGGGUAGGGUGCUGACUGAGCUCCCCAGCCCACCACGGCCCUCUUCUUCCCGCUCCCCUGCUUGUGGUGGGGCUAAGGGGCGGAAGCCUUGGGGUUCAGGGGAGGCAGCUACCGAACACAGCCCAGCCUGCCUAUGCCUUGUCCUCACUUGGUGUCCAUCUGUGAUCUGCAGCCCCGGUCUGCCAUACAGUUUGCCUUUGGUUCCUUAAGCUGAAGAAACAGGCAUGGCAGCUCAGUGGUCCUGGAGUCGGCCUGGCUCCUGUUCAGGAACAGGGAACGGCGAGAUGAGUGUUGUCUCUCCACCUGCCCUCUAUGUCAAGCCUGAGGUCGGAGCUGGAGAGAUUAAACAGUGAGCCCUGUG